CCACACCAAGUACCAGACUCGUCUUGGGUACUGCACUGGGCGCUCACCAUAUCGUUUAUGGCCAGGUUUCUACAUAAUUUUUGUGUGCGUGCGCAUUGCAAUUCAAACAUAUUUGGUUACCUGGAUCUGUACUCAUGAAAGACACAGUGACGUCUUUGCCCAAUUGCCAGUGCGCCUGUCGGCUUCAUCCUCUCUGUGUGCUUGACAACCAUAGUGUAACUUUAAUACCAUAGAAUGGCGGACUGGGUGGAAAAGUGUCGAGCGGCCUUGCAGAGAUGUCCCCCCGGUCAUUGUGAUCGAUCAACAACUCUCAACGAUCUUGCUGCCAGCCUGGCUGACAGAUUCAAGCAGCGGGGCAUCCUGUCUGACCUUGACGAGGCCAUCGAGCUCCAUCAGGCUGCACUACUCCUUCGUCCCCCCGGUCAUUCACUUCGAUCAUCGUCUCUCAACAAUCUUGCAAACAGCCUUCAUGACAGAUUCAAGCAGCGGGGCGCCCCGUCUGACCUUGACGAGGCCAUUGAGCUCUAUCGGGCUGCACUGCUCCUUCGUCCCUCCGGUCAUUCACUUCGAUCAGACUCUCUCAACAAUCUUGCAAACAGCCUUCAUGACAGAUUCGAGCAGCGGGGCGUCCCGUCUGACCUUGACGAGGCCAUCGAACUCUAUCGGGCUGCACUACUCCUUCGUCCCCCCGGUCAUUCACUUCGAUCAGACUCUCUCAACAAUCUUGCCAUCAGCCUUCAUGACAGGUUCGAGCAGCGGGGCGUCCCGUCUGACCUUGACGAGGCCAUCGAGCUCCAUCGGGCUGCACUACUCCUUUGUCCCCCCGGUCAUUCACUUCGAUCAACGUCUCUCAACAAUCUUGCCAUCAGUCUUCAAGACAGAUUCGAGCAGCGGGGCGUCCCGUCUGACCUUGACGAGGCCAUUGAGCUCCAUCGGGCUGCACUACUCCUUUGUCCCCCCGGUCAUUCACUUCGAUCAGACUCUCUCAACAAUCUUGCCAUCAGCCUUAAAGACAGAUUCGAGCAGCGGGGUGUCCCGUCUGACCUUGACGAGGCCAUCGAGCUCCAUCGGGCUGCACUUCUCCUUUGUCCCCCCGGUCAUUCUGAUCGAUCAGACUCUCUCAACAAUCUUGCAAACAGUCUUCAUGACAGAUUCGAGCAGCGCGGCGUCCUGUCUGACCUUGACGAGGCCAUCGAGCUCCAUCAGGCUGCCCUACUCCUUCGUGCCCCCGGUCAUUCUGAUCGCUCAAUGUCUCUCAACAAUCUUGCCAUCAGCCUUAAAGACAGAUUCGAGCAGCGGGGUGUCCCGUCUGACCUUGACGAGGCCAUUGAGCUCCAUCGGGCUGCACUACUCCUUUGUCCCCCUGGUCAUUCACUUCGAUCAUCGUCUCUCGGCAAUCUUGCCAUCAGCCUUGCUGACAGAUUCAAGCAGCGGGGCGUCCCGUCUGACCUUGACGAGGCCAUCGAGCUCCAUCAGGCUGCCCUACUCCUUCGUCCCCCCCGCCUUCAAGACAGAUUCGAGCAGCGGGGCGUCCCGUCUGACCUUGACGAGGCCAUUGAGCUCCAUCGGGCUGCACUACUCCUUCGUCCCCCCGGUCAUUCACUUCGAUCAUCGUCUCUCAACAAUCUUGCCAUCAGUCUUCAAGACAGAUUCGAGCAGCGGGGCGUCCCGUCUGACCUUGACGAGGCCAUCGAACUCUAUCGGGCUGCACUACUCCUUCGUCCCCCUGGUCAUUCUGAUCGAUCAUUGUCUCUCAACGAUCUUGCCAUCAGCCUUCAUGACAGAUUCGAGCAGCGGGGUGUCCCGUCUGACCUUGACGAGGCCAUCGAGCUCCAUCAGGCUGCACUACUCCUUCGUCCCCCCGGUCAUUCUGAUCGCUCAAUGUCUCUCAACAAUCUUGCCAUCAACCUUAAAGACAGAUUCAAGCAGCGGGGUGUCCCGUCUGACCUUGACGAGGCCAUCGAACUCUAUCGGGCUGCACUACUCCUUCGUCCCCCCGGUCAUUCACUUCGAUCAGACUCUCUCAAAAAUCUUGCCCUCGGUCUUCACAACAGAUUCAAGCAGUGGGGCACCCAGUUCGAUUUAGAUGAAGCAUUUAGACUGUAUGUGCAACUUUCCUACCUAUCUCAUGCAGUCUCUCGUACGGAUCUUACUGCUGCCAAGUCAUGGGCCACCUUUGCAGAGGAGAUGAACCAUGACUCUGCAUUGCUUGCCUAUCAAACUGCAUUGAAAUUCCUAGAUCAUCAUGCUACUCUAUUAUCGUCUUCUCCACGCCAUUUUGAUGUCGUCAAGAUGGCCACAGCUUCGCUUGCCAUGGACGCUUUCUCGUGCAGUGUUCGUCAUGGUGCGCUGACAACUGCUGUUGAAAUGGUGGAGCAAGGCCGCGCAGUAUUCUGGACCCAGUUGGCACGCUUACGCCCACCACUCGAUGAACUUUCCCUGUCCGGUGACACUGGCGCAGCCUUGGAGAAAGAGUUCAAACAGCUGAGCUUUGGCCUUCGUAGCGCAUUCGAUCAGUCUAAUAACGAGCAGCCCCCACGAAUCCGACAACUGACCAUGCAAUGGAAUGAUGUUGUCUCCCGCAUCCGCAUGCAGCCUGACUUUUCUCGGUUUCUCCUGCCCCCACUGUUUUCUGACCUCCGGAAAGCCGCUGAAGAGGGUCCAGUCAUCAUUGUCAAUGCUAGUCGGUACGGCUGUGACGCCCUAAUCGUCUCAAGCAGCCACGAUCCUGUCCACGUUCCACUUGAUAUCACGCAGAACAAAGUCUCCGAGCUGUCCUCCGAGUUUCAGUCUGUCGCAGAGCAAUUCGGUUGUUCCAAUAAUCAACUCCAGCUCGUGGGCAUCCUACGCAAGCUCUGGCAUCAUGUCGUCGACCCCGUGGUCCAAGCCCUUAGGAUAUCAAAUGUUCACCCUGGCUCGCGUAUCUGGUGGUGUCCCACGGCUGAAUUCACUCUGCUUCCUCUACAUGCAGCAGGACCCUACGAGAGGGGGAGAGAUAACCUGUCUCAGAUUUACAUCUCCUCUUAUACCCCCACUUUGGCAACGCUAGUUCGUGCGAGAAAGCGCGUUUCUCAAUAUGCGUCUACACAGUAUUUUGUUGCAAUUGGUCAAGCGAAUCCGGACAGAGGGAAGGAACUCAGACAUGUCGCUCCUGAGUUAGACGCCAUAUCUCAGUGUCUUGUACCCAUCGUGUCAUCCUUCACAUCACUCCGAGACAGCCACGCAACAGUGCAGGGUGCACUCGAUGCUCUAAACCAAAACCAGUGGCUCCAUCUCGCCUGCCAUGGAAUGCCGGAUCGGACACAACCGUUCGACUCUUCCUUCGCGAUGCGCGAUGGACCGUUGAUGAUCAAGGACAUCAUCCGGUCCAACUGGCAGAAUCCUGAAUUUGCAUUCUUAUCGGCCUGCCACACUACCGUUGGCGACGAGAAGAGUCCUGACGAAUUGAUCCAUCUCGCCGCGGCAAUUCAAUUCUCCGGAUUUCGCAGUGUCAUAGGUUCCAUGUGGUCUGUUGACGACGAGGUUGCACUGCAGGUUGUGUCUCUUUUUUACCGCAAGAUGGUUGAUGGUUCAGGGAGAUUGGACUGCACACGGGCUGCGGUAGCAUUGCACAAGGCUGUGAAAUCGUUGCGCAAGAAGAUUCCACUAGAACAGCAGAUUGUAUUUGUUCACAUAGGUGUCUAG